GAAGUACAGGACAAGGUGAUCAGUCCUGAGAAAGCAGAGGAGGUUAAACUAAAGGCCAGGUAUCCAAAUUUAGGAAAUAAACCUGGAGGCUCCGAUUUGCUCCGCAAGCGCUUGCAGAAGGGGCAAAAAUACUUUGACUCUGGUGACUACAACAUGGCUAAAGCGAAGAUAAAGAACAAGCAGUUGCCAGCAGCUGCACCAGAGAAGGCAGAAAUCACAGGGGACCACAUUCCCACCCCCCAGGACCUGCCCCAAAGGAAACCCUCUCUGGUGGSCAGUAAACUGGCRGGCUGAUCCACAUGCGGCAUCUCCUGGCCCCARAACCCACUCCACUUACGUCUCAAAGCUGUAACUUUACCUCUCCCUCGCCUCACACUUGUCCUCUGUCCACCAGAACCCACAUCUAGAACCCCACUGAACUGGCUAUCUGAUCACUUCAAAAGAUGUUUWRUUUASUUUCAUCCUCAUCUGGCCCUGRCUCCGUCUGCCCCUACCACUCACCCCCAKCUGACUUUUUUGUUUUGUUUUGUUUUUCUUUAUAUUUUCUCUUUGCUUCUGUGUAAGAUACAGUAUGAAUGGRCUGGGUUGGAACAGUAAACAAGGCUCUUUACUGGUGAAAGAUGAGCAGCAGAAACUACAGCUCUGUGGUUCUGAAUGCUUCAGUAUGGAGUUCAGGGUCCUUCAGAUUGAAAGUAUGCAUCUGUAUGUCUGUACAAUUGUACAUAUUUGUCUGACARYGGGCAGACAUCUGCAUUUUAGAAAAAUUUUCAWCUGAUUUGUGUAUUAUUCACUGUAUGAUCUUUUAAAUGACAUUAUGCUUGAGARGYAAAGCACUAAACCCAGAGACCAAGUUUAGUUUUGUUAAKAAUUUUGUGUCCAUAURAAUGAUAGACAGCACUUCUUUGGAGCUGCAUGUGRGAUUCCCAGCUGCAACCUUCACUGUGUUUUAAUUCAUUCAGAGAUCCAGUAGAUAUUUAAACUGAUGCUAAAAAGAAAUGUACAGAAGUUAUUGAGUGCAGAUGAAUGAUUCCUUCAAGACAUCUUAGAUGUACAAGAUGUUUUCUUAAACGAUGAAUAAAGAGCUGAAAGGUUGCACCGUAUUUGUGGUGCUCUGUUUCACGUCUGCCUCGGCCUGACGAAGCAGUCUUUGACUGGGGUCACAGUUGUCAUGAAUGAAUCAUCUUGCUCACAGAGGUGUCGAGGAGAAUCAUUAAACCUUAAAARCAAUUCCUGCAAGUGGGGUACCAGCCCUUAAAUUGUUAAAAUAUAUUUACUAGGAACAGGCUGUAUAAAAACUUAAGGAAAGAUCUUAUGUAAUUCUAAUUUAAAGUAGUUUUAAUCUUAAAAUUGUUUUCAGCCCUUUGUUGUGCUUCACAGGGGUCAUUUCUGACAGGAUUUACUCGUGGUAAAUCUAAGGCGGCGUGACAUCUAUGUGAGCUGUGCAUGUAAAUGGCUGCCCUGCUGUCAUAAUGUGCCAUUUUGUUUUGUAAAUAAACUAGUUUUGCACAAAUGUUA